GUUAACUUUCUCCCCUGGCGUCAGUGUGGGAAGUGCCACACACUCCCCAAACCAACAACGGCUUUUGCUUGCAUUUUCCAGUGUUUCUUCUGUCAGCGAGUGCAGCAAAGUUGUAAUUCUUCCAGUGCCAGCCCUGAGCUGAGUGAGGAGCCACCAACAGACAUGGUCAAAAUGACAAAAUCCAAAACUUUCCAGGCUUACUUGCCAAAUUGUCACAGAACUUACAGCUGUAUUCAUUGUAGAGCACACCUAGCCAAUCAUGAUGAAUUGAUAUCCAAGUCAUUUCAGGGAAGCCAGGGGAGAGCCUACCUCUUUAACUCUGUGGUAAAUGUCGGUUGUGGUCCAGCAGAGGAGAGGGUCCUUUUAACUGGUUUGCAUGCCGUUGCUGAUAUAUACUGUGAGAACUGUAAAACCACACUUGGCUGGAAAUACGAACAUGCCUUUGAAAGCAGCCAAAAAUACAAGGAAGGAAAGUUUAUCAUUGAACUGGCUCACAUGAUAAAAGACAAUGGCUGGGAGUGAGCUCCCGCACAGCUUCCCUUUUAGGUUGCGUCUGUGUGAAUCAUAAAUUACAGGCAAUGUAAAACUGGACUGGAUUUUCAUACCGAGCAACCGAAUUUAUCACUGAACUUUAUAUAUUAAAGAGUAACCUCAUGGACUGUUAGAUUAGCUGACGGGCAUGUUGUGGCUGGACUUGAAUUCCGACCGGUGCUUGAAGAUUUCUGCUCUUGUUUUACCAUCCUCUCUCCCCAUCCCCCCCAUGUCGACGUUUGUCAUGUGUGAUCGGAUGACACUGCUGCCAUACACUGGAUGAGAUUUCUCCACUCACAACUCUUUGACACCAGAUUCACCUGUAUUGGCUUGCCCUACGUUUUUGUGCAUGCCUAUGUUCUGUUUUUCUCCAACACCUUGGUACACCAGGAUCAGAGUUGAAGAAACCAGUGCGCAUCCA